UCACUUCAGUUCAGUCUGGCUGGAGGAGCGUUGAUAUGGACGCUGCUCCCUCUGCUCCGACACUGAGAAAACACGGCGACUUUUGCUAAAACUAACGGGGAUUACAACGUGUCAUGUUUAACGAGAGAUCGUUAAAGAAUCAUUCGCUUUAAAUAUCAAGACUGGUCUAUGUGCCACCGGGAUUUUCCACGCACAGUGCGUAGUGGUCAGGACGGGUUUCAUUCUCAGUUAGCAAACUGAAUCACCGGGACACAUGGGUGGGAAUCUCGGGUGCCACCGGUCCAUUCCCAAGGACCCGACGGAUUUCUGCCAGGGCAAGCGCAAGUUCAGCGCAGCGUGCAACUUCAGCCACAUACUGGUGAACCAGGAGCGGCUGAACAUCAACACCGCCACCGAGGAGGAGCUCAUGACCCUGCCGGGCGUGAACCGCGGGGUGGCUCAGAACAUCGUGGAGUACCGGGAAUGCAUCGGCGGGUUCAAGAAAGUAGAAGACCUGGCGCUGGUCAGCGGGGUCGGUGCCACGAAACUAGAGGCUAUUAAACUAGAAAUCUGCGUGUCGAGCAAGAACAGCUCGUCUAAUCACUCGCCCUCGUCUCUGCGCAAAGAGCACGAACACCUGCCGUGCACCGGCGUCAACAUAAACACGGCCACGCCGCCGCAGCUCAUGAGCGUCCGCGGCAUCACCGAGAAAAUCGCUAAGAACAUAGUCGAGUUCCGUUCCGCGCACGGCCCGUUCCGAAGCAUCGAAGACCUGGUCAAAGUGCCCAACAUCAACUCGUCCCUGCUGGACCGGAUCCGCUUCCAGGUGUUCGUGGAGCGCUCCAGGACUCCUUCCACCAACACGAACGGGGGGUUCACGCACCCGAGCCCCACGUCCUUCAGUGUUGGCAGCGAUGACCUGGACGCUCCGCUCGGAGGACCGCCGCUCGUCACCUCUGUCCGGCCCUGCGUGGAACCUCCGACGGGUACGCGCGAUGGGAAGCCCGUGGUGCGAGUGGCCACCUGGAACCUGCAGCGCUGCUCCAGUGAGAAAGCCAACAACCCGGGGGUCAAAGAGGUCGUCUGUAUGACCCUACUAGAAAACGACAUUAAGCUGCUAGCGGUUCAAGACUUGGCCGAUCGGGAGGCUCUAGACAAGUUUUGUGCCGAGCUGAAUCAGCCCACUCUCUGCAGCGUACGCAAGUGGAAGAGUGCCAGAGGCCUGUGGAAAUGUGCCGUUUCAGAGAAACCCACCGGAGAGUCCAGUAACGUUGCUGAGUACUCAGGUUUCCUGUGGGACUGCUCUUCUGGGAUUGAAAUGAAGGAUGCCACUGUCUUGGAGAAUUCUGCGACUAAUGGGAAUGGGAAACAUCCUCAGCCGUACCUGGGACAUUUUUAUAUUGGAUCGUCUGAGCUCACGCUGGUCAAUUUGCACCUGACAGCAGCGUCGUCGCCUCCAGAACAAAAAAGAAAAAGCAUGUGUGAUGAGCUCAAGGCUCAACGGCUGAGCGCCGGUAUCCAGGAAACUCUCAAAGUGCAGGGACAGAAAUUAAAUAACACCGGAAAUGAAGACAACGCCCCUGAAUAUUUAUGUGUUGGUGUUGCUGAUGCAGGUGAGAGAGAGCUGCUGGUGCUGGGACACUUUGGCAUGGCUCCCGACAGCCCUGAGAUGGAGUGCAUGAGGAAAGAAAAACUGUCAGCCCUCCUCGCGCCAUUCGUCUUUACGAACAUCAGCACCCGUACACCGCAGGGCUCCCGCUGUCUGGACAAUAUCUGGACCAGUCGCUCCCUCAAAAAGAUCUACACAGGUCAUUGCUGGGUAGUGCGGGAGGGCCUGACCAAUCCCUGGAUUCCUGAUAACUGGUCGUGGGGCGGGGUGGCGUCUGAACACUGUCCUAUCGUAGCCGAGUUCUUUGUGGACGUCAUGCUGAAGGAGCACCUGUGCAAUGGCAACGGAGUGGCGGUGGUGGAGAGAGGAGACACCAUGUCCAAACACGAGCGAUGACCUUUGACCUUUUACUUGUUCACUGUGGAAAAGGUCACACACGUCCGGACUGACACAAUGACUGUCUAAAUACAAAUGAAGAGAGCCAGAAGUGCACCAUGAUUGCCUUGGUUUUGUCUGUUCAGUGUACAGUAGAGAUUCUAUAGCAGGAAACAGAUGAUUUUAAUAUAGAGCAAUACAAUGACAGAGAUAUUUAAACACAGAUUUAUUACACAUGUACAUACAAUGAAGUGAAAUAAACAAAUGUGCCAAAACUUUUUAAACAAUAAAUAUUUACAACCUACGUUUUGUUUGAUUUUUGAAACUAAGGAUGCAUUAAGUUGAUCAGAAGUGACAGUAAAGACAUUUAUAAUGUUAUAAGAUUUUCAUUUCUAAUCAGUGCUGUGGUUUUUAACUUUUUAUUCAUUAAAAAAAAACCUGAAAAAUGUAUCAUGAUUUUCAUAAAAACAUGAAGCAGCACAAUUGUUUUCAACACUGAUAAUAAGUAGAAAUGUUUUCUAAGAAGCAAAUAUGAAAGCAUGACAUUAAAAACAAAUCUGAGUAAUAUUUAUAUUAAUAUAUAAUAUGUCUGUGAAACCAGGCCUAUAUGUAUUAAACAGAAGGAACUCACAAAUAUAAAAUAAAUCAUAAUAAAUCUUGUUUUACAGCAGUGUGUGUGCUUUCUGCCAACAAUGUCAAAUAUUUUAUGAGCAUUUAUAUAUUUUUUCAGUAGCCAUCAGUACCACAAAACCAAAUAUGAUAUGUGAAAUGUCAAUAAUGUAAACUGUUCUGACUGUAUAGGUGCAAUCUCAAUGAAUUUAUGAAGGCAGUGAAUGUCAGGUUUGUCAAUAACCUAAUAAUUAGUUAUGCUCAUAUUUUCUCAUUUCCACCACACGAAUUGUAUAACACUGUUAAUCAUUUUUAUGAUCAGCCAGCAACACCAGACAAAUGGCUUCUGCAUCAUACACGUCAUGCAAAAUAUAGUUUCCUCUACAUCAUCAGCUGUCAGUCAUCACAUUUUCUAUCUGACGGUGAUAAAAAUAGAUUGAUUUGACAAUCACUCUGAACCAUCUCUAUUCAUUUUGAAAGACAGCGGUGAAUGCUAGAUUUGUCAGUAUUAUCUACAUGACAAAAGCAUGUGUUUAAUCAGAGCUGGCUUAUAUUUGCAUCUUUUUUUGUGUAACUCCCCUUACGCUCAUGUUUUCUGGUCCAUCGUGGUUAAAAAGCUCCUCUCUUUGGAAGAGCACUGGAAAAGAAACAAAGCAUAAUAAAUACAUAAUUUAUCUAAA